UUUCUAUAUAUUCUCUCAUUUGCCUCCAUUUUCUUCUCUUCAAACCAAAAAUUACAUUUCUAUAAUUUCUCUAUAAUCCAUUCUCAUUUUUCAAAUGGGUGAGAAAAAAGAAGAAACUAAAACAGAGGUAACAGAGAAGAAGAAUGACGCCGGCGGUGAUGCCGGCGGUGGAAAAAAGGAUGUCGGUCCUACCGCCAUAGUUUUAAAACUCGAUUUGCAUUGUGAAGGCUGUGCUAAAAAAGUCAAACGUUCCAUUCGCCAUUUAGAAGGUGUGGAGGAAGUGAAGACAGAUUGUGAGGGUGGAAAAUUGACGGUGAAAGGGAACGUGGACCCCAUAUGGCUCCGGGAGAAAGUAGUAAGCAAGACGAAGAAGACGGUGGUGCUCGUCUUUCCUCAGCCCAAAAAGGACGCCGGCGCCGGCGUCGGAGAUAAAAAGCCCGACGAGAAAAAGGCGGAAGAGAAAAAAACAGAAGAUAAGAAGCCUAAAGAGCCACAAGUAAGUACAGUUGUGUUGAAGAUUCGAUUGCACUGUGAUGGAUGUGCACACAAAAUAAAGAGAAUUAUAAAGAAGAUUGAUGGGGUAGAAGAAGUCAAAGUAGAUUCAGAAAAAGAUUUGGUCACGGUAAAGGGCACAAUGGACUUAAAGGAAUUAAUUCCUUAUUUGAAAGAUAAAUUGAAAAGAAAUGUGGAAAUUGUCCCACCUAAGAAAGAUGAUGGAGGUGGUGAAAAGAAAGAGAAAGAAGGCGGCGCCGGUGUCGGAGAAAAGAAAGAGAAAGAAGGUGGUGGUGGUGGUGGAGGCGGAGAGAAGAAAGAGAAAGAAGGGGGCGGUGAUAAAAAGUCAGAGAGUAGUGAGAAAAAAGAGGGUGAAUCAAAGGGCGAAGGAAGUAAAGGUGUAGAGACAAAAUCUGAAGCGAACAAAUUGGAAUAUUAUGGGUACAAUGCACAAACACAUUAUGCAAUGCCUAUGUACAAUCAAAGUUACAUGAAUCAAGAUUAUGACAUAACAAUGUACGAUCCCGGUUACAACGCUCAUACGGGCUACGCCAUGGAGUAUGGCUACCACCCGCCGUCAUAUGUACCACCUCCUCCACCAACGACAUACUUGAACAACGACGCACAAAUGUUUAGUGAUGAAAAUCCUAAUGGUUGUUCUGUUAUGUGAUUCACAAGACAUAUCAUUCAAUCAUGUUGUUGAGGGAGAGAGUUCAAAUGAAAUUGUAAAUACAUCAAAUCAAUAGUCUCAUCAAGGAAAUGUCUCAAUAUCUAAAGAUAACAUAAUGAAUUGUAAUUUACAAGUUGUAAUGAGAUAUUCCCCCUAUUUUGUAUUAAUUAUGAGGAAAAAAUAUUACAUAUUAUGAGACUUUUAGAAAAAAUAAUAAUAUGAAAUGUAUACGUAAUGGUAUAUGAGGAUAAAGUUUCGUUUUAGGAAAUGUCAUUAGGUUUAAUUAGGUGGUUUAUGUUUUGACUUGUAUGUUAUUAAUAUAUAGAUAAUAUAUAUUCAAUUUUGUGACCA